AUGAUCCAUAGUUUAUUUAUCAUAAAUCCUUCUGGGGAUGUGUUUCUCGAAAAACAUUGGCGUAGUGUUAUCCCAAGAUCGGUAUGUGACUAUUAUUUAGAAGCUCAAAGGGCAUCUCCUAAUGAUGUUCCUCCAGUGCUAGCUGCUCCUCAUCAUUACUUAAUAUCUAUUCAAAGGGGUGGGGUGGCACUGGUAGCGGUCAGUAAACAGGAAGUUGCUCCUCUUUUUGUUAUUGAAUUUCUACACAGAGUUGUUGAUACAUUCCAGGAUUAUUUUUCAGAUUGUACAGAAACUAUUAUUAAGGAGAAUUAUGUGGUUGUUUAUGAGCUACUGGAUGAGAUGUUAGAUAAUGGUUUUCCACUAGCUACUGAGAGUAACAUUCUUAAAGAGCUUAUUAAGCCUCCAAAUAUACUACGGACAAUUGCUAACACAGUUACUGGAAAAUCAAAUGUUUCUUCAAUAUUACCUUCUGGCCAGCUUUCUAAUGUACCAUGGAGAAGAUCUGGUGUCAAAUAUGCUAAUAAUGAAGCAUACUUUGAUGUUAUUGAAGAAGUAGAUGCAAUAAUUGACAAAAGUGGUGCAACAGUUUCUGCUGAAAUACAGGGUUAUAUUGAUUGUUGUAUCAAGUUAAGUGGUAUGCCCGAUUUGACUCUUACUUUUGUUAAUCCUCGGCUAUUUGAUGAUGUUUCAUUUCAUCCUUGUGUGAGAUUUAAGAGAUGGGAGUCUGAGCGAAUACUAUCAUUUAUACCACCAGAUGGGAAUUUCCGGUUGAUGUCCUACCAUAUUGGAUCACAAAGUGUGGUGGCCAUCCCCAUAUAUGUGCGACACAAUCUUACCUUAAGAUCUAAUGGAGACCAGGGCAGACUGGACUUGACUGUUGGACCUAAACAAACUAUGGGAAGGACUUUAGAAAAUGUAGCAUUAGAAAUUUGUAUGCCAAAAUGUGUUCUCAAUUGUUCUUUGACGGCGAAUCAGGGGAAAUAUUCAUACGACCCAGUGAGCAAGGUGCUACUAUGGGACAUAGGACGCAUAGAACUGCCCAAACUGCCUAAUAUUAGAGGAAGUGUGUCAGUAGCCACAGGCGCAGACACAACUGGCGCGAACCCCAGCAUCAACGUGCACUUCACGAUCCCACAGCUGGCGGUGAGCGGGCUGCGCGUCAGUCGUUUGGAUAUGUACGGCGCUAAAUAUAAACCGUUUAAAGGAGUCAAAUAUGUCACUAAAGCCGGUAAAUUCCAUGUUCGAAUG